UCAGCUCACAGUGAAUAUAUGCUACUGAGAUACAUGCAGGGGGAAGACUGUUUGUGGCAGGCUGUGAAGGGACACACUUUAAGACAAAAUAAAAGGAGAGUGUGGGAGACGGAAAGCUUGUGAAAAAAAGAGAGUAUAGCCAUCUAGAGGAUGAAGUGUGUUGUUGUAUUGCUGAGUCUUGUCUCACUGGGACACUGUGCCCCUGUGAGCAGCUGUGACAGUCUGGUAACACCAGUAACUAUCAGCAAUGAAGACAUGUUGGGUAGGUGGCUGUACAUCGGGGGGAGCUCUGACCUCCCGGGAAGCCGCUCCCUGGGCCACCUGCUGACCAGCGCCUGGCUCGACGUCACUGCAACCACCCAGAGCAACAUCCUCAAUCUCAUCCAGACCCAGAGAAUGUAUGGUAAAUGCUCCAGCUUAACAUACAAUGUGACCUUUGAAAACAGCACAAUGAUAAUUGAGCAACCUUUCUACCUCAAAGAAGUCUAUCUGACGACUGACUGCUCUGACUGCCUGGUUGUCUAUGAGAAAAUUAUCUCUGGGAAAGACACUUUUACGAGUCUUCUGCUUUUCAGCAGGAGAAAGAACAUCUCACCUGACGUUGUGGAGAUGCUCAAGAAACAAGCAGAGUGUCUCAACAUGCCAUCACCCUUAAUGAUAGACCAAAAUUAUGAAAUCUGCCCGGACACCAUCCUGCCCACAGAGGGGCUCAGUGCCCUCAACUCCUUAUUGGAGGCCAAGAUGGGACAUCGUGUUGCAAGACUUCUGGAUUCUUUUUUUGAUAUUUUUAUCAACUGACUUUUACUUAGUUUUCAUUUGUGCCAUAAGUCACUUUGAAUGAGUAAAUGUAGAUUUUUUUCUGACAUGCAUAAGUAAUUAAGAAUUAAAAAAGAAUCAAUAUGUA